AAUGGAAAGACAAAGCUAAGACUCUCCUUCUCUCUCUCAAACCUUCACCUAUGUCUUUGUGGAUGGAGAUGUCUUCCUUGGCCUCUGCUUUCACUUCUCCAUCCUAAACUAGGAAACCCAAAACCCAGAAUUCCAAAAAAAAGAAAAAUCCCAUUUUAGUCAAUAAAACAAAGAGAAAAGAACUAGAGGAAAUAAAUUGAACUUUGAAGGAAUUUACCAUGUCUUUCUCUUUCCUUAAUUCUAUUUCAUCUCCUCCUCAAACUAAUUCCGUCUUUUGCUCUCCAUUUUUCUCUCUUUACCACUUGCAUUCUUCUUCUUUCUCUCCCCUAUAUCACCGCAAAGAAAGUUAUGCGAAUGGGAGGAUUAUGAGAGCUUCGGGGUUCUUGGGUGAUGAGAAAGGCAAUGAGAGGGUGAAUUUUGGUUCAAUGGGGAAAAAAGAAGGUGGGCUCUUUUGGGUUUCUUCUCGUUGUAGUUCUAGACGGAGGAGUAGCCGUAGUAGCAGCAAAGAAGAGGAAUUUGAGAGUGAAGGAGGGGAGGAGGAGGAUGAAGACGAAGAGAAUGCUGGGUCUUUUUGUGUCUUGCCUGACAGAUGGGAUGUUCUUGGUCUUGGUCAAGCCAUGGUAGACUUUUCUGGCAUGGUUGAUGAUGAAUUCUUGGAGAGAUUGGAAUUAGAGAAGGGUACCAGGAAGGUUGUGAAUCAUGAGGAGAGGGGUAGAGUAUUGCGGGCUAUGGAUGGUUGCAGCUAUAAGGCAGCUGCUGGAGGAUCUCUUUCCAACAGUCUGGUGGCUUUGGCAAGGCUUGGUAGUAAGCCCAUUGGGGGCCCUGUGCUAAAUGUAGCUAUGGCAGGCAGCGUAGGUAGUGAUCCCUUGGGUGGCUUUUACAGGGCAAAAUUACAUCGGGCAGAUGUGAAUUUUCUUUCUGAACCUAUCAAGGAUGGGACAACAGGAACAGUGAUAGUUCUCACAACUCCAGAUGCUCAGCGCACAAUGCUUGCUUAUCAGGGUACAUCAUCAACUAUUAAUUAUGAUUCUUGCUUGGCUGGCGUUGUUUCUAAAACAAACAUAUUUAUUGUAGAGGGCUAUUUAUUUGAACUUCCUGAUACAAUCAAAACUAUUAUAAAGGCAUGUGAAGAAGCACGCCGGAGUGGUGCCCUGGUGGCAGUCACAGCAUCAGAUAUCUCCUGCAUUGAGAGACACUAUGAUGAUUUCUGGGAAAUUGUUGGGAAUUAUGCGGAUAUUGUGUUUGCAAACAGUGAUGAAGCAAGAGCUCUAUGUCAUUUUUCCUCAAAGGAAAGCCCUAUUUCAGCAACAAGGUAUCUUAGCCACUUCGUUCCUCUAGUCUCAGUUACAGAUGGACCUAGAGGAUCUUAUAUAGGUGUGAAAGGAGAAGCUGUAUAUAUUCCUCCUUCUCCAUGUGUACCUGUGGACACAUGUGGUGCUGGUGAUGCAUAUGCAUCCGGUAUUUUGUAUGGUAUAUUGCGAGGUGUCUCAGAUUUGAAAGGUAUGGGUACACUAGCAGCUAGGAUUGCAGCCACAGUAGUUAGGCAACAGGGGACCCGACUUCGGGUUCAAGAUGCCGUUGAUCUGUCAGAGUCAUUUGCAUUCAAUCUGGAGAGUUCUACUGUACGGACAGAUGUAGGUUGAGAUCAUAUUUCCAGCUUGUGACAUGGUGCCUUGAAGCCCAUGUUGGUUUCUCCAUUCUUUUGGAUCUCUUUGUUCAUAGCUUGUAACCUUGUAUAUUAUCCAUCUAAACAUUGAUUAUACUGGCAACAGAUUUGCCUUGUUAUUGAUUCAAACUCUACAGUGAUUCCAAUGUCAUCCAGUAUCAAUGUUAUAAAAA